CCGGGCUGCGGCGCGCGGAGCAGGAAGGCUGCCCGCCGGCCUCCUCUGAGCUCCCCAGGCCGCCCCGUCGAGGUGGCCUCUGGGCUCGGGCGGGUUGGGCGCGCGACCAGGGCCGCCUCGGACUCUGGCCCCGAGCAGAGGCGCGGAGAAGGGUCCUUAUUGUUGGCUGGCGGGGUGGCGGCUGCACGGGCUCCAGGAGAGCGGGUGAGAACAGCUCUGCAGCCGAGCGCAGAGAAGAUGGUGGACUACCUGGCGAACACGGAGAUCAACAGCCAGCGCAUCGCUGCCGUCGAGAGCUGCUUUGGGGCGUCGGGGCAGCCGCUGGCGCUGCCGGGCCGGGUGCUGCUGGGCGAGGGCGUGCUGACCAAGGAGUGCCGCAAGAAGGCCAAGCCGCGCAUCUUCUUCCUCUUCAACGACAUCCUGGUGUACGGCAGCAUCGUGCUCAACAAGCGCAAGUACCACAGCCAGCACAUCAUUCCCCUGGAGGAGGUGACGCUAGAGCCGCUGCCCGAGACCCUGCAGGCCAAGAACCGCUGGAUGAUCAAGACGGCCAAGAAGUCCUUCGUGGUGUCGGCCGCCUCCACCACGGAGCGCCAGGAGUGGAUCAGCCACAUCGAGGAGUGUGUGCGGCGGCAGCUGCUGGCCACGGGCCGCCAGCCCAGCACGGAGCACGCGGCGCCCUGGAUCCCGGACAAGGCCACGGACAUCUGCAUGCGCUGCACGCAGACGCGCUUCUCCGCCCUCACGCGGCGCCACCACUGCCGCAAGUGCGGCUUCGUGGUCUGUGCCGAGUGCUCCCGCGAGCGCUUCCUCCUGCCCCGCCUCUCGCCCAAGCCCCUGCGCGUCUGCAGCCUCUGCUACCGCGAGCUGGCCGCCCGAAAGCAGGAGGAGGAGGAGGAGGAGCAGGGCGCGGGGUCCCCGGGGCAGCCGGCCUACCUGGCCGGGGCCGUCUGCGGAGCGUCCAGUGGAGACGACGACGACUCGGACGAGGACAAGGAGGGCAGUGGGGACGGCGACUGGCCCAGCCGCGUGGAGUUCUACGCCUCAGGCGUCUCCUGGUCCUCCUUCCACAGCUGACGCCGGGUCUGCAGACGUGAGGGAGGGCCCCAGUCCCUUCCCCAUCUGGCAGACGCCACUGCCCAGGCCCCUGAGUCCCCGAAGCAGCGCCCCCGAGGACCCUACCCCACGGGUGGCGGGCGAAGCAGGAGUGGCCCUUCUCUGGACCCCAGUGCUUUUUUUCUGGACGUUGGCAUGCUUCUGUUUCCACUUCAGGUAAUUAUCUUUCCAUUUAGCAAACCCAAAACACUUAGAUCUUUGGGGAAGAAAUGCCAUUUCUCAGCCCUAUGAGCCGUAGCUCCAGAGGACCCCUGGAGUCAGACAACCCCAGGCACCUUUAGAGACCAGAGGGAAGACAGGCCUGGAGGGAAGUCCCCUUGUCCCUGAGGCCUUGAACCACAGCCCGUGCCCCCCAGACAAGCACACUCCGGGGAAGACAAGCCUGGGAGGCCUCCAGGAAUCAAGGCCUGCCCACUCACCUUGCUGAUGCCCACCUGCCUGGCCAGCUGGGCCUUGUCAGACCAGGCAUGUGGGCUCCAGAGCCAGG